CGACUACAGCUGAUAAAAGUUCCAAUAUUACAAAAACAGAAUUGUUUAUAGAUAUUUUUUUCUAAGUUAAAAAACAGAAGAGGGGUUUACCUAAUGAUUAUUGUCUGAAUUUUUUAGAGGAAUCAACAACAACAGUCAGGCUCGUGAAAGAACAGAUUUGAUCGUCAAGGGUUUGUUAACGUCGUGCUUCAAUCUCUAACCUUUGGUCCGCGUUCAGCUUUCUCUUGUGGAAGGACUUGUGUCAAUGGCAGACUUACCUGGAUAUCUACGCACUUGUUUGGAUAUGGGGAAGAUAGCUUUCUUAGCAAUCUUAGUAUCUACAGGGAUCGUGUUGCAGAUUCUGGCUUGUGCUCUGUUCAAUAACUGGUGGCCAAUGCUAAGUGUUAUAAUGUAUGUGCUCCUCCCAAUGCCUUUACUCUUCUUCGCUGGAUCAGACAGUUCAUCUCUAUUCAACGACUCAGAUAAUAGCUGGAUCAAUGCAGCCAAGUUCUUGACUGGUGCAUCAGCAGUUGGAAGCGUCGCAAUACCUUCGAUUCUAAAACACGCUGGACUUAUCGGUUGGGGCGCGUUUGCCCUUGAUCUCUCAUCAUACGUUGUCUUCCUCAUCGCUAUUUUGGGAUACAUUUGCAUAGGAGAUGCCAGUGACAACUAUUACAGCUACAUUUAGAAACACACACACACACACAAACAUUUUUAUCAUCAUGAGUUACAUCUCAGCCUUUUCGAACGAGAAACCUCUUGUUGCGAUGGAAUCGUUCAGCUGAUUGGAAAUUUCACAAGUUUUUGUGUCAAGUGUAUAUGUAUGAUUAAAUGGUUUGUAAGAUGAAGUUUUUAUAUGGUUUUGUUAUGUAUAGAAACAAAAUUUUAUUA